UCAAAAGGGAGGAGGCCAUAGUUCUCUCUCCCUCCAUGUCCUCUUCUCUUCUCUCUCUUUGGCUCUUUCUUUCACUCUUUCUCUCUCUCUCUCACUAUCUAUCUCUCUCCCUCUCGGAAAGCAGCACAAAGCUCCAAAAUCUCACAACUUGGCGCCAAACGGAAAGGGGCGACGCCCCCGAAGCACGCGACACACUCUCUCUUCACGCUGAGAGAGAUUCCGCUGUCCGACAUGUGGGAAGCCGAAUCUAUGAUCGCGAGAAUGGGAUUAGUUGUCACCAGUGCCGACAGAAAACUCGGGACUUUGCGGUGCCGUGCAAGAAGAUGAAGAAGAAGAACAAGCCUUGCUGUAUAAGGUUCUGUCAUAAAUGUCUUCGCAACAGGUAUGGAGAGAACGCUUUGGAAGCUUACGCUAAGGAGAAUUGGGAAUGCCCCAAAUGCAGAGGCAUUUGCAACUGCAGCGUUUGCAUGAAAAGAAGAGGCCAGCGGCCCACUGGCAUGCUCAUCAAGACCGCCAAGGCCACUGGAUGCUCUUCAGUUUUUGAAUGGCUGCAUCACAAUAUUGCUGAGGGUUCUAAUGCUGGAAAUGUGGAGGCUGUGCCUGCAGAAGCAAGCCGGGGUAAGGAAAUAGAUAAUGUGGGCAAGAAUCACACUGCAGAUCCUCAACCAGAGAUGAUAAACAACGCAGACUCUGGCAAUGAAGCCAAUCAAGAGAACACCAGCAAGGUGUCACGUCCUGCUUCUGAAGAGAAUGCCCCGGCUGAAAAUGAUAAUACUGAGCAACCAAUGCCCGUGAAGAUUCGCAGGCCAAGGAAACGUGAUAUCAUAAGCACCACGGAACUGGAGAAGAAAGCUAUUGUUCUUCCAGAGGGCAGUCCAUUAACAAUGGUUGCUGAUGUAGAGUGGCAGGCUGAGGAUGCUGGACCAGCGUUGCAGUUUCUGGAAUUCUGUUCUGCAUUUUCUAAGAUUCUUGAUAUAAGAAAGGGCCAACCGGAAGAUAUUCUUCGAGAAAUAGCAAGAGAGUGUGUCGCUCUUCGGGGAGCACAGCCAUUAACUGUUCAAUUUCACAUAAAGCUGCUAUCUCUGAUCAAAGAGGACAUAGGGGAAGGGUCUACUUUGUACUCCCCUGAAAAUGCCCGCUCAUGGCUGCAAGAUCUUGAAAAGGUUAUAACGGAAUCUCCGUGCAUUGCCAAGGAACUGCACUUGGAUUCUUAUGACUGGGUCUCCAUUGACUAUUAUAACUUGGAGCCAUCAGAAAAACUGAAGAUCUUGAAUUUUCUCUGUGAUGAGGCUCUUGGCACUGAAGUCCUGAGGAGUUGGAUUGAUGAAGAAAAUACCAAAUUUCUUGAGCAGAAGAAGGAAGACAGAGGAAAAGCAAGUGCUGUCAAACAGAAGGAGAAGGAUAUCAAACAGAAGAUGAAGGAUGAGAUGGCCAAAGCUAUGGCUCCAAGAGAAGGGGCUCCGCUUUCUGCUUCUGAACAUCUGGAACUUAUAUUCAAAAUAAAAACCGAGGCAGAAAAGAGUUCUGCUGAGUUGGCUGAAUCAAUGGAAAUAGUACCGAAAAAGAAACGGCGAAUGGAUGCUGUUCGUACUGAGCGUGUUUUCAUUGUGGAAAAUGGGCGCACAUUCUGGAAAUUAGGAGGUUCUGGUAAAUCAGAUAUCCUAGCUCAAGAAAUAGAGAAUCAGGAUUUAGUGGAAGGAAAGGAAAAGUGGUUUACUUAUGAUGAGGACAGUCAAAAGGUUAUUGAGAAAGUCAUUUUGACUCUAAGGUAAUCUCAUCUAGUGCUUUGUUAGAAAAGGGAUUGUGCAUGAAGCUGAAUAAAGUGCAAUCUAUCCUGGAGAUUUGAUACAACAGAAACAUAGAGAAGCAGUUAGAAUCGCUCACCAUAAUUCAGAAUUUACCCAAUUUUGAUAGUUAGAAGGAAGCAUACUCAGAACUCAUACAAAACACUUUUACUGCAGUGAAAGUCAAUCAUGUGUAUACAGUUAAUCAGUUAGAUGUAGAGGGUGCCAUUUUGCAGCCUUGAUCAGCUCCAAUCAUUAGGAAAAAGUAUUUCCGUAUACCAACUGAUCAAUCUUUGUAUAACCAUCAUAGUUUAAUUGUAUUUUGUUUGUUUUGUUCUUAGUUUCUGAUGUAAUUCAUGUAAAUUCAGCCACGGUUUCUUGUAAUAUAUAUAUUUCUGUUUGGUUUUGCAGCA